CCGCCUAUCACGCAGAUCAUUCCCAUACUUCGUGCGACAUUCAGUCUUCUGCGCACUUUCUUGUCUCAAGCCUCACGAGUUGUGGUCGCGCUCGCCACUCCGUUACUCAUCUUCGUGCCCCUUGUAUCCCGCCUGCUUGCUCCGGUUAUACUCGUCUUCCAUAUCGUAUUAGACGCCACAGUCUACACCCCAUACAUGAUCAUUUCUAGCGUAGCUGCUGCACUCUACCCCCUCUAUAUGUUCUGUGGUGUCGCUUGUAUCUUUGGGGCGGUUCUUGGCAUUCUUGGGAGAUCUUUGGUCACA